AUGUCCGAGAGCCGAGCGCCGACUGUAAGUGAUUUGGUUGGGCAGAUCGACGUGCGCCCCGUGAUCCUUCCGCCAGCCCACGAGAAGCAGGAUCAAUAUGCCCCCACAUACCACAACAUCGACGUUCUUUGGAAGCCUUCGUUCGGCGGCCGAAAGAAUUCUCGCACCCUCAGCACCGAUAGCGACGGUGACGAGAUGCGACGAAUCUCGAUCUCCGACCUGGGUGCUUCAGGCCCUACUUCCCCCACUGCCCAAAUGAGCGCCGAGUACACCGACUUUGCCAUGGACAAGGGGAUGGCCGUCGGAGCCGAACCGCCACGCACACGCCGCAUGUCGCUGAGCGAGAUGAUCUUCGGGUCGCCCGGCCAGCGCCGCUUCACCUGGGGUGAGAAGACCGAGGUCGUCGAGGAGCGCAAGGGCUCCGUCACCGAGGAUUCACGCUUCAAGGAAAUUUUGCGGCUCCAGCGCCAGGUCAACGACGAGGGCGGCCUCUCCCACCUGAAAGCCUCCGACUACAGGAUGAAGGAC